AUGGGUCAACGGCUAGCACCGGUUCUUACUGUGUGCUUUAUGGGCAGAAUCGAAGAACCGGUUCUAGAACGGAAUCCUUUAAUGUACUGUAGAUAUAUCGAUGACUGCUUCAUCGUAACAUCAACACAGUUCGAAAUGGACGAGUGUUUUCGUAUCAUGAAUGAACAGUCGCAGUACAUUAACCUCACCCGUGGUUCCACGUGA